UUUCCGCCUGUCGCACCCCGACUCAGUCCUACAAGUUUCAACAUCGCAACUCGCAAGCAAGAACCAAGAAGCAACGCAUGAGUGGCUUCUUCGUUGCGCAGAGCUCAUGUGAUGCUUACUGAUCAAGGGUCGAUGAGCAUCAUCAUGUAGCAAUCGGGUAGUGAAAAGGGUCGAGAGAGAGAAGAGAGAGAGAGAGAGAGAGAGAGUGAGAGAUCAUUGAGAGAAGAUGAGCGUCUCCCUCACGGUGAUGACCUUCAAUCUGCUCGAUGAUCAAGGUGAAGACAGCCCGAAUUCAUGGUUGAAGAGGAGGGAUUUAUGUAUCAGUGUCAUCACCAGCUACUCCCCCAUCAUUCUCUGCACCCAGCAAGGUGUAAAAGCGCAGCUUGAUUGUCUCCAGCAGUGCUUGCCUGGUUAUGAUCAGUUUGGAAUCUCAAGAAAAGGGUCCCAAGACACUACAGAUGAGCAGUGCACCAUUUUCUACGACAAAGAGAAAGUAGAGCUACUAGAAGGUGGAACUUUUUGGUUGUCAGAGUCACCUUCUGUUCCCGGAAGCAUAUCAUGGGGUUCGGAGGUUCCUUCUAUUGCGACAUGGGCGACAUUCCAAUUGAAAGGCGUUGAGCCACCGGGUUUUUCGUUUCAGAUAGUAAAUACAAAUAUGGACGAACUGAGCCCACGUGCUCGCAGGAGAGGCGCAUUGCUCACUUGGCAACAUAUUGCGUCUUUACCUCCUAGCUUGCCAGUUGUGUAUUCCGGAGGAUUCAACACUCAAAAGGAAUCAACUACGGGGCGUUUUCUUCUUGGAAGAUCAAGAGAGCAUGGUGUAGUAGGUGAUAUGAGGGAUGCAUGGUUUAACGCACGGGUGCGGAAGAACAUUUCUCUUGUUCGCACUUACCAUGGAUUUAGAGGUGACAAGCAGGGAACUCUUGAGUACAUCAAAUUGAUUUUCAGGGCACUCUGCCUCUGCUGGGAUCGCCAAACUCAGGAUCUACACAGAGAUUGGAUUCUUUUCCGUGGUAGAUCUCUCAUACCAGUUUCUUGUGAAGUGGUCAGUGAUAACAUUGAUGGAUGCUAUCCAUCAUCCCACUAUCCCAUAUUUGCCGAGUUUAUGCUGCCUCGUAAUGUAAGGAUGCUUGAACCUCCUGCACAAGAAGACUCAUAGUCUCUAUCUUCGGUGGUUGAAAUCUGUUUCCACCUUUUUGACUUUCUUGAGUUCCAUUAUUGUCGUCAUUUUUUUGGGUGAGGUCAAUUUCUUCGGCGGCAUUGUUUAUGAAGAGGGUAUCAGAACAGCCAAGUUGUCAAAUUAGAUGACUGUACAACUUGUAAACUUAAAUAGAUGCAAUGCGAGUCUUUUAACGAAAA